UGUUCAGCGCGACGACUGUCUGGUGGACCAGCCACGCAUGUUUUCUGAUGGCUUAUAUGGACGUCGGGGUUUUUAUUAUUGAGAUUUAUGUGAAGUGUAUCGGUGAACAAUUUUGUUAGCGGUACCCGCGACGGAAAGAAUAUAGAACUCGCCAGUGCAACUGCAAAGUUCCAGGUGUCUGGCUGAGGCUGUGGGACGCUGAGCGGGAGGCUGCGUUGGAGGGCGGGCAGGGAGCUGGGUGCGCAUGAGGGUGCACCAACAACAAGCCCAAAUUCUGCACUGCAGUGGAUUUCCUCAGGUGUGCCCGUCUUGGUCGUCGUCGCAUUUGCCACUCCUGACGGACUGCGCCGUGGUCCGACGCCCCUAACUUUCACCUACGUCGCCAUUUUUGUUAUUCCUUAAAAAAAAAAGAAAUGCAGUAGACUGUGUAGCGGACUGCAGACAGAGGGGCGGGUGGGGGCCGGCAGCUGGGGACGGUGUCUGGGUCACCUCAUCCUAGGGAGAAAGGAUGCCACGCUGCUCUGUGGAGACCCGCUCCCUUUCUUCUCUCUCUCCACUGCAGACGCAGUGAGGUGGUCGUCUGUCUGGCUCACGUCUGCCAUGUGCUGCGCCGGGGGCAGAGCAGCGAGCAGCACUCGGCUCCCCCUGUCUGGGACCAGGACACCGUUCACUGGGCCACUUUAGAAGUGGUAGAAGCUGGGGUCCGAUCAACCUCGCGACUAAUCGGGGCCACAAAGAAUAAUCUCUUUUUAUCCACCAUGCCCGCGUAGUUUUGAAUAGCUUGUGGUUUUAUCAAAGCUUUAUUUGUACCGAGAAGAAUCAGCUUUUUUAUAAAAACAGAUUUUCUUUUUCCUGCAGUGGACGCAAACCUUGGAACCAAAACCGUCAGCGAUCAGGUCUUUUUAGUGGUUUUCUACGGAUCUACUGUGUGUGCUCAAGUCGUCCUCAACACACAACAUCUCAGGUAGCAUCACAAGCUUCAAGGAGGCUCAGGUUUGACCUCAGGGAUCCCUUCCAGGAUUUUUUACUAACUCCAGUCCGUACAUAUCCUCAUUUUGUUCAUCGAUAAACCCCCUCUUCCAGAACAGUUGUCAGACCUCUUCGGUGCCCAGAACUGUUCCCCUUCUCCCCAUGCGCCGGGGGGUUCGCCAUGGCGUCUGAGAGCUUCCAGUACCGAGCUCUGUUCGAGUACAAGCGGGAGCGCGGCGACGACAUCGGCCUGCAGCCCGGGGACACGCUGACCGUGGCCAAGGCCUCGCUGCUCCAGGCCCCCGCCCCGGGCCCCGGGCCCCCGGCCUACCAGGACGGGGACGAGAGGAGCCCCCGGGGGUGGCUGCACGGAACCAACGACCGCACCAAGGAGAAGGGUGACUUCCCGGGAACCUUUGUGGAAUACGUGGGCGCGGUGGUGCUGCGGUCCGGCCCGCCCUCCAGGCCCCGGCCCUGGACCCCCGGAGGGCCCCAGCCCGCCACGGGGCCCCAGCCGCCCGGCGGGCUCUGCGCCUCAGGAGCUGAAGGGGAAGUGUGUGCUCUGUCUGACCGGGCAGCGCUGGUGGUCCAGAACCUCAUAGAGGCCAUCGAGAGACAUGGUGUCGACAAGGAGCCCCUUUACGGACCCCAGCACGUCUCCAGUGGACUGCUUGACCCCAGACAGGCUCUUGACAAAGAGUCAGGAGAACUGGACCAGUACGACACCGGGACCCUCAUAGAGGCUCUGAGGGGCUUCUUGAUGGACCUGCCAGCCCCCGUCAUCCCCGCCACCAUCUACAGCGAGCUGCUGUACGCCGCACAAGACAGCCAGAGUAUGGAGGAGUGUGGCGAGAGAACAAAGAGGAUCCUGGACUCUCCCAGUGUUCCACGGGCCAACCACCAGCUUCUGGCCCAAGUCACCAGGCACCUGGCCAGGGUCGCUCUCGCCCAGACUGGGCAACACAGCCAAGCGAGCCCCAGGCUGCUGGGACAGGCCUUCUCAGGAUUACUCUUCAAGCCUACUCUCUUCAGCGCCGACAUGAAUCCUGAACACCAGGUCAGGAUUCUGGAGUCUCUGAUCACAGCUGGAGGUCUCAUGAAGACGCUGUCUGCCCCAGGUGAGGAUACACACAUGAGGUAUUCUGCUAGAGGAGGUGCAGCUCGUUCCGCCUCUCUGCUCCACUAG